AUUUGCUUAGUCGACAACCUCAUGCUACCUGAUAAAAUACCCCUGAGAUGAAGGACGCACUCUCUUACCAUUACCGGACAGCCAGUACCAGGGCAACCAGACCAGAUUCUCUUCAGAACCUAUAGGGCAACAAUGGUGCUGGGUCGGGGAGGAUACAAGUUCCAAAAUUGGGCUCAGACGUACGAGUCCAGCCCCGAACUUUACUUCCAACCAACGACAGUGGAAGAAGUGAAAGAGAUCCUGGACCUGGCGCGGCAGAGGAGUAAGAGGGUGAAGGUGGUCGGGGGAGGGCACUCGCCCUCCGACAUCGCCUGCACCGAUGAUUUUAUGAUCCGAAUGGAUAAGAUGAACAAAGUCCUGAAGGUCGACAAGGAUAAGAAGCAGGUGACGGUGGAGGCCGGGAUCCACCUGACUCAGGUGAACGAGGUGCUCGCCAGGAACGGGAUGGCUUUGUCUAACAUUGGAGCCGUGUCUGAUGUCGCAGCGGGCGGAGUUAUCGGAACGGGAACCCACAAUACGGGCAUCACUCAUGGCAUACUGGCUACACAGGUUGUGGCGCUGACUAUGAUGACGGCAUCGGGCGAGAUCUUGGAGUGCUCCCCGUCAGUGAAUCCUGACGUCUUCCAAGCUGCCAGACUUCACCUGGGGUCUCUGGGGGUCAUUCUCUCCGUCACUCUGCAAUGCAAGGCGGCAUUCAACCUGCAAGAGGUCCAGUACUCCUCCACCCUGCAAGAGGUUCUUGACAAUCUUGACAGACACUUAAGUUCUUCGGAAUAUUUCCGCUUCUUCUGGUUUCCGCACUCGGACAGCGUCAGCGUCUUUUAUCAGGACCCUACAGACAAGCCUCCGUCCUCCAAGCCCAGCUGGUUUUGGGAUUAUUUUGUGGGAUAUUACUUGCUGGAGCUCCUCCUCUGGAUCAGCACUUUUAUUCCACGUCUGGUCCCAGGGAUAAAUCGUUUUUUCUUCUGGUUGCUCUUCGCGGGCAGACGCGAUCGUGUGGACAUCAGCUACAAAGUCUUCAAUUUCGACUGCCUGUUUAAGCAGCACGUGCAGGACUGGGCCAUUCCCAUAGAUAAAACUAAGGAGGGUUUAAUGCAGCUGAAAUCCUGGCUGGAGAGGAACCCCCAAGUGGUGGCGCAUUUCCCAGUUGAAGUUCGAUUCGCCAAAGGUGAUGACAUUCUGAUGAGUCCGUGCUACCAACAAGACAGCUGCUACAUGAACAUCAUCAUUUACAGGCCGUAUGGAAAAGACGUUCCGCACCAAGACUACUGGUCAGAGUAUGAGAAGAUUAUGAAGCGAGUGGGAGGACGACCUCACUGGGCUAAGGCCCAUACUUGCACUCGUAAAGACUUUGAGAAGAUGUAUCCAGCAUUUGGGAAAUUCAAAAACAUCAGAGAAAAGCUCGACCCAACAGGAAUGUUCCUCAAUGCAUAUCUAGAGAAGGUCUUUUACUGAGAAGGACGCGGUGGUCGAUAAGAUGUCUUCAUGUCAGUUCCUAUAGUUUAUUUCUUAGUGCAAGAACAUGGCGGAUUGUCGUUCUUCUCAAAAAAUUAUAGACUUUGGUGGAAGCUUGCUGAAGAAAGUUCCUCCCAUUUAUACCCACUAAGGUCCAUCCCAAGGACCUGUCAUCAUAGUCCAUCCCAGUACCCCUCACUGGGGUCCAUCCCAGUACCCCUCACUGGGGUCCA